AUGGUAUCAGAGCCAGGUGCAACAAGGGAAUUUGAGAAACUGUUCGGGGCAGUAGGGUGCCCAGAAAACUCAAAGGUGGGUUGUGCUACCUACUACCUUAGGGGUGAAGCAGACCUUUGGUGGCAACAAACUGAAGCUACCACUAGGGCAUUACCUGGAUUUAACUGGAGUGUGUUUCAAGAGAAGAUUAGGGACAAGUUUUACCCUAGUUUCUUACAGAAACAGAAAGCUGAGGAGUUUGCCAACCUUGUGAUGGGGAAAAUGACAGUCACUGAAUAUUACACCAAGUUUAUUGAACUGACGAGAUUUUCUAUGGAAUCUGUUUCUACAGAAAAAUCCAAGGCUAGGAAAUUUGAGAGUGGCCUGACUACUGACUUGCAGUUAAAACUGUGUGGGCAAGUUUUUGAGACUUUAGAUGAGGUGUAUGGUAGAGCUGCGCAUAUUUAUGCGUUAGAGCUUAAGAAAAGAAAAGAACUAGCUGAGAUGGAAGGGAAAGAAAAGAGAAAGGAAGUGAACUAA